CCCUCCCGUUAACAAAAAGCUAAAACGCGCAACAGCGACGCACACGCAAAAGCCCAGAGGCAAGUAGCAGCAGCAGUGGUUGCGCGGUGCUGCGUUCGUCUCGGUCUCCGUCUCCGUCGUCUCCGUCCACUGGACAGGGCAGAGGCUGCCUACCAGACACACGCCCUCAACCUCGCGCCCGCCAUUAUUGCGACCCUCCCGCACGCGUGCGCGCGCGCGUAUUAUCACGAGGUCCGCGAGCGAGGCGCAGAGCAGAGAGCAGAAGCAUCAUUUCUAGUCCCCCAGCCCAAGCAACAGUAGCCAGCAAGAACAGAGUAGGGAGGAGGAGGAGGAAGGAGGACGCACCUGGGAGCAGAGCCAGAGCCAGAGCCAGAGCCAUGGAGCAGUACGAGGUGGUGGAGCAGAUCGGCCGGGGCGCCUACGGCUCCGCAUACCUCGUCGUCCACAAGGGCGAGCGCAAGAGGUACGUGAUGAAGAAGAUCCGGCUGUCCAAGCAGAACGACAAGUUCCAGCGCACGGCGUACCAGGAGAUGUCCCUGAUGGCGAGCCUCAGCAACCCGUACAUCGUCGAGUACAAGGACGGUUGGGUUGAUGAAGGGACCUCGGCAUGCAUUGUGACAAGUUACUGUGAAGGAGGUGACAUGGCAGAGAGGAUCAAGAAGGCAAGGGGUGUCCUUUUCUCUGAAGAGAGGGUGUGCCGAUGGUUCACACAAUUGCUCUUGGCCCUUGACUAUCUGCACUGCAACCGUGUGCUCCACCGUGACCUCAAGUGUUCCAACAUUUUGUUAACAAAGGAUAAUAACAUCCGUCUUGCUGAUUUUGGGCUAGCAAAAUUGCUCAUGGAGGACCUUGCAUCGACGAUUGUGGGAACCCCAAACUACAUGUGCCCAGAAAUACUAGCAGACAUACCUUAUGGUUACAAAUCUGAUAUAUGGUCACUUGGAUGCUGUAUGUUUGAGAUCUUAGCACACCGCCCUGCAUUCAAAGCUGCAGACAUGGCAUCAUUAAUUAACAAAAUAAACAGAUCUUCAAUAUCUCCAAUGCCACCGAUAUAUUCAUCAUCACUGAAGCAGAUAGUGAAGAGCAUGCUAAGGAAAAACCCAGAACAUAGACCCACUGCUGGAGAACUAUUGAGGCACCCAUAUUUGCAGCCUUAUCUAGCUGAAUCAUGCAGCUGCUCCCCAAUCUACCUUCCAGUGAAGCCCACCAAAAGUAACCUGGGAGACAAGCAGCAGUCAAGAAAACCAGGCAGUGGCAGAAAGCGAAUCAUCAAAACCAAUGGAUCCAGUGAAGCAUUAGAAACCGCUGCAGAGCAAGCUGUGGAUACAAGAGACAACUCCACAUAUAUUUCAGAUGUUUCAACAGUUGGUACCCAGGACGCCUGCAUUUCACAAGUAUCUGUGGAUCCUCAAGCUAGAAACAAAGCAUAUCAAAACAUCGAUGAUUUGACGCUUUUUCAACAGAUAGAGGAAAAUUUGAUGACAAUAACCGAUCGACAGAUUGAUGAGGCCAUCUUUCUUAAAGCUGUAAGAACCAGCAGCACAGUAGAUGUCGUGCCAGUCUCUGGUGCAAUUCAGAAGCCUAAUGAGGCACCAAUACCAAAGGAGGAACUGACCAUUGGAGUAGUGCAAGAGCAGAGAAAGGAAGUGAAAGCACACACUCACCAAGGAUCAAAACCAGGCACAGGAGACGUUCCCAUCGUUACAGAAGAAUCAUCACCGAAGAGCGCGGUGAAAUUGGCACAUUCAGAUAGCACUCCUGCCGAGUGGGACCAUCUGAACAUAGUGCAGCAGAGAGCUGACGCACUGGAGUCGCUACUCGAGCUUUGCGCCAAGCUGCUGAAGCAGGAGAGGCUUGAGGAGCUUGCUGGCGUUCUCAGACCGUUUGGGGAAGGUGCUGUGUCGUCCAGAGAGACGGCGAUAUGGCUGACAAAAAGCCUCAUGACCCCACCAAAAUUGGAAGGGUCACCAAAACUUACGUAGGGGAGCGAAUUUCAUGGCUUUGUUUGCAAGUGUGCUGUUCUGGUUCUGAGAGUGUAUAUAGCUUUGCUACAGUUCAUGAUUCUGUAUCACUGAGGCUCGAGUUUCUAUUUAUCUUGAUGUAUAUGGUUUGAGUGAGCGAGGGCAUUGUGUGAGCUAACUAUUUAUCAGAUAUUUACUGUACAAUGGCAUGUGCUGUUUGGCUGAUUCAAGUAAUAAUGGAAAUCAUACCAUGUUCAUUCCUA